AUGCAGUCCGCUUGCGCUCGUUACUCCCUUUACCAGAAAUACUUCAAUAAAUGCCUACGGGAGUGGUAUCAUCAAAAGAGUAACGGUUCAGGAUUCUACUAUGCUAAUCCACCGGGAAUCCUUUUCACUCCGCUAAGGUCGGUUCGAUCAUCGAAGCGUCAAGAGGGGACCUUCUCCGUGCCUAUGUCACAUUGGUUCUUCGAUAAACGUGCAACAGAUCAAAAUGUGUCACGUAAUGUCGACGUGUUUCGUACACCAAGCAGCGCGGACAGCCGAGAAGCAGGAAUGAAUUAUCUGCAUAUGGGAUACGACGUAUCAUAUACUUUGUCUCUGGGUAAACUCGUCCAUAAGCAUAUGGACAUCACCCAUACCGCUUUCUGCAACCAUUACGACAUCGCUUUCAACACAUUGUACAAUGUCGGCAGGAGUCUGGAUUUAUCACCUGAAGCUUUCACUGAAUUUCCCAACUUCAGGUUGGUAACAGGAAACAUUUUCGGCAUUCAUUCUAUUUUGACGGAGCCAUGUUUCAGAACCGUGAUCAUGUCGGUUAGGCGUAAAAAUAUGAAGGAAAUGCUUCACUAUCGUACUCUUACAUCUGUAGCGAACGCCGUAACCAAGGGCGGGUGCAUCAUACUCAUUGCAAGAGAUACAGAGGGUAUGAACGGAAUACAGAAAAGAUUUGACAGCCCACAAAUAUCGCAAUUGUUUGUCCAAAGAGAAGGGUUAAGUAUGCCAGCAAUCAUUCAGGGAGAUGAAAAUGGGCCCCAUGGUUUCGGCCAUGAAUCGGAUUACCCCUUCUUAGAUUCCGAAGUGCAUGAUCAUAUCAAAACUAUAAUUGCUUGUGAAGCGAAUUCCAUUUCGCAACCCCUAUACGUGUAUAUAUACCACAAGUACAGUUCAAAACUGCCUAACCAGAGACUCUCUAAACCCGUUAAUACGGUCUAA